GAAGAAUUGGGUUUUGCGUGAACUUUUGUGGUCUCUGCAGUGCUUUAUAAAAAGGAGCUAAAAAGAGGACGAGGUUCUAAUAUCAGUGGAAAUGGCAUCAUCUUUGGAGGAGCUUCUUGCAGAGGAAGGGUUUAAAAGAAGAUCAAUGAAUAGGUCAAGUUCAUCCUCCAAAGCAGUUGGUGCACGUAUGUCAUUCUACACUUUCCAAGAUUCAGUCAAGAGUGAUUCAACAUUGGGUCACAGGAGUAGGACAGGCAGCGCAAGGUCUGAUGUAGAUCGAUACAGUCCAAGAGGGGAAUCAUCAUCAAGUGAUGAUGUUAGGGAUCCAAGACCUAGGGAUAGUCCAGUUAGAAAAGAGAAAAAUGAUGAAAAAUUGAAGAAAGAAACUAGGGAGAGACUUUUUAGAGAUAUAAAGGAAGGUAAAGGAAUUAGCGCUAAUUUAUCAAAAGAUAUGUCACGAAAUGAAAUAGAUGAGGUUGGUAAGCAUAAUACUGAGAGAUUUAGGGAUAUAUAUUCAAAUAAAAUGUAUAGGUCAGAUGUAGGGAAAGAUAAGCAUUCUAUUGGAGCCAGGGAAAAGGAAGUACACAAAGAGAGGUUAGGCAUGCAGACAAAAGGUGACAAGAGGCAUGACUACAAUUUGAGAAUACAGCUGCUUGGACAUACGAGUUUUAUUGCUAACAAGAAGAAAAGCAUUAAAAAGCCCACCACAACCUCUUAUAACACAUCUAAUAGGGGUUCAGAGAAUAGUAAAAGCUUUGAAAAUAAUCAGACUCAAAAUCGUGAUAAUUUUGUACAACUAAUUUCUGAACCUGCUCUUGAUGAAGUUGCUAUCCAAGCCAUAGUUUCCAUCCUAAAUGGAUAUAUCAAACGCUUUCUAUAUGAUGAAGAUUUUCGGACAAUGCUCCGUCACAACUGCUUCUCUUCCCUUAUUAAUUUUGAACAAGGGCAAAGUACUGAGAGCAAUGUCACGGCCAGCCUUGAGAAAGCAAUUGAAACAGUAGAAAAAGCUGCUGAGGACACUUCAAGUGCUAAGGACUUGAAAAAGGCUUCGUUUCAGCUGAGGGAGAUUACGGGGUUAAAUUCAAAUAAUUUGAAGGAUGGGUUCACAUCUGAAAUUCCUACUGCAAAGUUGUCAGCUUGUGCUCAUCUCUACCUGAGUGUGAUAUAUAAGUUACAGAAGAAAGACAGGUUUUCAGCACAGCAUCUUUUGCAAGUAUUUUGUAGUUCACCUUUUCAGGCCCGAACAAUGUUGUUGCCUGAACUAUGGGACUAUCUAUUUCUUCCACAUCUUUCACAUUUGAAGGAUUGGUGCAACAAAGAAGCUGAUUCUGUAGCAGAUACACUAAGAAGGACAAGGAAACUGAAGCUUCUUGAAAAAGUGUAUAAUGAAAUUCUGGAUUCUGGUACUUAUCAGUUUGCAGUUUACUACAAGGAUUGGCUCACAGAAGGGGUUGAAGCUCCUUCUGUUCCUUCCAUUGACAUCCCAUCAGUCACUCUUUGGGGAGCUCGGCAGGGAAGUUCAUUUAGUCAUUCUUCAGAGUUGUCUAGUUCAAGUGGUCCAUUCUCUCCUCAGCCUAUGGUCAGCAAAAGACUGUAUGAUGCUGUGUUUAGGUCUUCUACUAAAGCAGGAGUUAAUGAAGCUGAGGAUAGUGGGGAGGCAGAGAAUAUUGAUGAUUGUACAAGAAGUAUUGGUGAUUCUGAUCUUGUUAAAGAAACAUUAACGUACUCUUCUGAAGCAGUUAAAUAUUCAGAUCGUGAUCUUGAAGAAGAUUCAUACAAGAGUGUGCUGGAUGAUGCAUUCCUUUCUGAAACUGAAUUCUCAUCAGUAGCUGAUGAAGGAUGGAUGUUGCAUGGGUUGAGUGCUUCACCCAAAAGUAAUCUUGAUGAUGAAUUUGGUGACUCUACUAUAUGGCAAGAAACUACAGGCAAUAGCAAAAUGCCUCAUGCAGAAGCACAUACAAAAGAAAUAGAUGAGCUUACACUCAAAAGCCUAGCGAAAUCUAUUUUUGAACUGCAACAAAGUGAAUGUUCUGUUGAUCUUGGUGCUUCUUCUUUUUCCAAUUCCAGUGAGGCAUCAACUUCCUGCUCAGUUGUAAAUCCAAUCAGAAUAAGUUCCUCUCUUCAGGGUGAGUUAAAAGAGUUACAAGAAAGUCAUGAAUACUUUGAUGAACUUUCUUUUUUCUCGAGCAUUCCUCAAGACUUCAUUUGCCCACUUACUGGACAGUUGUUUGAAGAUCCAGUGACCCUAGAGACAGGUCAAACCUUUGAACGAGUGGCUGCCAAGGCAUGGUUUGAUAAGGGAAACAGAACAUGUCCAGUGACAGGAACAACUUUAGAAUAUGUUGCUGUGCCACUUACCAAUUUUGUUCUGAAGCGUGUAAUUGACAAUUGGAGAUUGGAAUAUUGUAGGGAUCUCUUGGAUUUUUCCUCUCAAGUAAUGGAAAACUCAGGAGAACAUGGUCUUAGACACUUGGAUGAAACUAUUAUUGUCAUAUUAGAGCAGCUUCUCACAGCUUUCAGUGAAGAGGGGAAAAGAACAAAUGCCAAACAUCUUAUAUCACUUGGUGGCUUGCAUUUUCUUCUUCAAAGGUUCGAAUUGGGAAAGAUGGAGGAGAAAGCACAUGCAGUAGCACUAUUGUCCUAUUGUAUAGAAGCAGAUGCAAGUUGCAGAAAUCAGAUAGCAAGAAAUAUUAACAAACGGUGUCUUCUGGAGCUACUUCAGAGCAAGCAGGUUAAGAUGAUAAUGAAUGCAGUGUCAUUGUUAACUGAACUGGUUUGCCUGGAAAGGAGGAAAGAUGUUAAUUUAUUUCUGAGUGGCUUGCUGAAUGAAGGGAUAGUGAAUACCCUGCAUGUUCUACUCUUUUAUCUUCAGAGUUCUCCAAAGGAGCACAGACCUCUGAUUGCUGUACUUCUGUUACACUUGGAUCUUCUGGUAGAACCUCAGAAACAAAGCAUAUAUAUAGAGGAGGCAAUUGAUGCCAUUGCAGUGGCUCUUGAAGAUAGCUUAGUAAAUAAGAAAGUUCGGGAAAAGUGUUGCAGAGCACUUCAUAUCUUAGGAGGGCGUUUUUCAUUCUCUGGGAAGUUAUUGACAGAGAGUUGGAUCCUAAAGCAAACAGGAUUUGAAGAUAGCUGUGAAGUGAAUUCUCUUGAAAAUGAAGACGAGAAUUUAUUAGUCGAUGACACUAUUUCAUGGGAUGAUGAAGAGCAGGAGAAUGAAGAGUGGUUGAGGAACUUGUCAGUAGCACUGCUUAGUAAUGGGAAAAAGUCACUCUUAGACACCAUUUCUAAAUGUUUAGCCUCUGGAAAUUUGGACAUGGUAAGGGUCUGCCUAACCACCGUGGCAUGGUUGAGCUGUGCACUUUCUUCACUACCUGAUGCUGAGUUCCAGCUAUCUGCCUUCUCAGCUCUCAUCUCUGGGCUGAAAGAAAGCCUAGAGAAAGGUGAGAAGAUUGAGCAUAAGAUCCUUGCCUCAAUGUGUCUGCUCAAUUUCAGUAAAAUCUCAGAAUGCAGAGUUCUUUUGAUGACAAUUGCAGAUGAAAUUGCAGCUCCUCUAAGAAGCCUAGCCGAAGUAACAUGGACUGCGAAGCAGCUAUAUGCCAAUAUAUCUGGAGAAGAUCUGUAAUCUGAUAGGAAAGAUGAUUUACUUUUUGGCAAAUACCAGCAAUUUCUGAGGUUUCCAGCAUUCUUGGAAUUCUGGCCUUGGGUGAUGAUCUUAGCAUUAUAUAUCACCCUUCACAAAAGUUGCAUUUCUUGAAAC